CGAAGGCGAUCCCGGGAAGGCAGCGGCGGUGCAGGGCGGCCCCACCAUGAAGUUGAUCAUCCUGGACAAUUACUCUCAGGCCAGCGAAUGGGCGGCCAAGUACAUCCGUAACCGCAUCGUGCAGUUCGGGCCGGGCCCCGGGCGGUUCUUCACGCUAGGGCUGCCCACAGGCAGCACCCCCCUGGGCUGCUACAGCAAACUGGUGGAGUAUUACCGCAAUGGAGACCUCUCCUUCAAGUACGUGAAGACUUUCAACAUGGACGAGUACGUGGGUCUCCCGAGGGAUCACCCAGAGAGUUACCAUUCCUUCAUGUGGAAUAACUUCUUCAAGCACAUUGACAUCUCACCAGAAAACGUCCACAUCUUGAAUGGAAAUGCCCCUGAUCUCCAGGCAGAGUGUGAUGCAUUUGAGGAGAAAAUCAAAGCAGCUGGAGGCAUCGAGCUCUUUGUUGGAGGUAUUGGCCCCGAUGGCCACAUCGCCUUCAACGAGCCAGGAUCCAGUUUGGUGUCCAGGACACGAGUGAAGACCUUGGCCAUGGACACCAUACUGGCCAAUGCCAGGUUCUUUGAUGGUGACCUCUCCAAAGUGCCCACCAUGGCUUUGACAGUUGGAGUAGGCACUGUCAUGGAUGCCAGAGAGGUGAUGAUCCUGAUCACAGGAGCCCACAAAGCCUUUGCUCUGUACAAAGCCAUCGAGGAUGGUGUGAACCACAUGUGGACAGUGUCAGCCUUCCAGCAGCACCCCAACACCGUGUUCGUGUGUGACGAGGAUGCCACGCUGGAGCUCAAAGUCAAAACAGUGAAAUACUUCAAAGGUUUAAUGCUGGUUCACAACAAGCUCGUGGAGCCCUUGUACAGCAUGAAGGAGAUGGAAACAGAGAGGAGCCAGUCCAAGAAGCCAUACAGUGAUUAAUGUGCUGGGGCAGUGCUGAACCAGCUGCUGAAAACAGCUGGGAGAAAAGGGAAUUGCUGCAGAAACUGAUCUCAUAUUUGUUUUUAAAUUAGCAGAAUGAUUGUAUGGUUCCUUCUCUCCAUUAAAGAGACAGAUGCCAAACACCUGCCUUAAUAAACCAAAGGAGGAUGGGAUCCAGUGUUCUGUGCCCCACAAACUUCUGCCACCAACUCAUUCUCUGAAGGAAAUGAAGAACGAGUUGUUUGAUCUGUGAACUGACUGUAAUCACAGACUGAAGGCUGCAGAACUGAAAUGUGAGGAUAAAUGAAAGUCCAACGUUGCAGAAACAAGUGGGUGAUCACUUUGGGGUGUAUUCCUUGCAAUUAGGACAAGUACCUCAUGUUAUUCCUUCCUCCUCCAAGAAACACUCUUCCAUUAGAAUCCUGGAGAAAAGGAUUGUCCAGCUGGAGAAGGGGAAGCUCAGAGAACCAUGAGAGAGCUGCAAGAAGAUGGGGCCAGGGGGAAGAUGAGAAAGGACAGUGGGGCCUGAGUGGAGACACGAUGCUCACGCUGGAGAGGAUGAAACCCCACUGUGGGAACAGCCAAGCAGUGAGACAGGAUCCCCAGGGCUGGGCAGGCCCUCUCCUUAGGAGGUUGCCCAGACCUGACUGAGCCCUGCUUGAAGCCACAUGUUGGACUUGAGACCCCUCAGCAGAAGGGGCUCCAGCAGCAUCCCCCACACGGGGGGGUUCAGGCGCAGCUCAGGCACCUGAGGAUGUCACUGUUGUCACACACAGAGCCCUUGUUCAUGUUCAGGCCCAGGUGUGAUUUGCUAUGCCUGGUGCUCUCUCUUCUCCAGAAUUUUCCAUUUCUCUGAGGAAAUGCCAAACCAGCCCCAAAGGAAACACUGGCUUCAGCCUCUGUCCAAUUACAGACACCCCACACCCAUGGACAACAGCUAAAACCUCACCAAUUCUGAAAUGUGAUUCCUGGGAUUCCUAUCCAGUGCUCUCACACGAGGGGCAAGAAAACUGGGCAACAUUUAUUUUCUUUAUACACAAAUUUUGUAAAUUGUUCAUCUGUAAUGUAACUUCCUUCACUAAAUGUCUUUAAUUUUUUUAAAAUGGU